CGAUUACACUCACAAGUAAAAAUUAAACUUUCAGAUGUGUUGAACUUUUGUUUACAAAACAAACGUAAGUUUUAGUCGGUUGAAAUUAAAACAGUAUUUAACAAUUUACAAUUUCAUUAUGAUUAUCGGCAUCUUCCAAUAAAGCUACAAAUUGUGACAAUUAUACAUAUUAAAUUAAAACACACUGCCUUAAUUGAAAAGAUCUCAAUCAAAAGUAAAAUUAUGGGAAAAUGGCACUGCUGGUGUGAUUGUUUCUUUGGGUUUGACCCAAAUACAUGUUUUUACAUUAUUGGAUUUACAAUGUCGAUUUUUAGCUUGAUUUUGGGUAUCAUUGACUUAGUAUAUUACGUUUAUUACUUAUCAGGUGCUAUUUCUGGAUCAAAUGCUUCCGCAUAUUUUUUGUACUUUGCUAUGACCGUUUAUGUUGGAAAUUCAAUCAAAAGCUGUUGCCUUUGCUGCACUGAAUUUGAAGGUAAUCCAGGAAAAGAUCUCGACACCUACAAUGGAUUAGCAUUCCUUGUAAUAUUGUUUGCCUUAAUUGAUGGAGUUUUAAAAAUUAACAUUAGUGUUCCUACAUCAAUGAUAUUCUUUGCCUAUGUAAUUCUUACAUGCCAAUCUAAAGAUGAAGUAACAGGAUUAAGAACAAGAUCAAAUCAAGCUGAAGAUGGAAUCAGAACAUUUUUCCUACCAAUCGGGAUGAAGCACCACGGUUUUCAGUGCCUAUUCAAGUUGAGAGGAUGGAAAUGGGUGCUCCUAAAUGAUUCAAUGAUAAUGAUGCUGUAGACAAGCUUCAUGUUUAUUUAAUUGCUAGAUUUUAUACUUUAUUAAAGACUUAUGCUAAACAAUAGUUUAGAAGAACGAUUAGAAGAUUUAACUCUUAAAAGAAUUGUUUAUACAGCCAUCAAAAUCAAGCCUCAGUACCACAACUCACGCAUCAAAACUUUGUAAGCACAUGUUUCACAAUAAAAUCAUACGAAAAAUCACGAAGAAUUUAAUGUGUUGA